AUGACUAAAGGAGGGGAGAAGGCAGAGGAGAGCGAGGGGAGGGGGCUGACCGCAGUGCUCCGUCCUGCCGUGUUGCAGUGCAGUGAUUCGUCCUGCUGGGGUCUCUUUCGCACAGGGGAUGUUCAGCACUCUACCAAAUUCCUCCCUGCUUUCUGCCUCCCCUCUCCUGUCCUCCUCCCCUCCCCCAGUCACUACUGCUGGUACCUCACACCAGUCGAUGCAUCCCAUAAUCCCAUGCUCCCCUCCUCCUUCGUGCUGCAGCGUUUCUACUAA